AUGAGGGCGUUCACCUUCGUGUUGAUCGCCCGUUUUGUGUUCGCCAAGGAGGUCUGCACCAAAGACACGUGCGGGCCCCGCAGCGCGAGGGACGUUAUGUUUGUUCAGCUGCGCAAGAAGCAGAUGAAGGCCCACCUCAGCAGCACCUGCCGCACGGCUCUGCCUGGGGAGGCCUGCUACGAGGCGGUUCUGGCGGCGCAAAACGGGCCAAGUGCCGACUCCGGGCUGCCGGCGGAGAUGGAGUCGGCCUCCUUUGAGGAGAUCCAGACCUACUUCUUCGAGAUGGGCCCGGCUGGGGCGGUGUCCUGGGAUCCUGCGGAUGGUGGGCUGGACAGGGUUUGUAGGGGCCGCUCCACGAGCGACAACAACCCAGCCCACUACCGCGUCGUCAGUGCCGGGGACCUCCAAGCGUGCCAGGAGCGGUGCCAGAGGUCUUCGGGGUGCAAGGCCGUGGAGUUUUCCGGGAACCGCUGCGAGCUCUGGCUGCGCGAGGUGGAAGCCACCCUGUCACUGAGGAACUUCCAGUGCCAUCGAUUGGUUGAGCCAUCCAACAGCUUCUGGGAUUUCGAGCCGGUGGAUGGGGCCGUCGACCGGGUCUGCCGUGGCGCAAGCAGGGGGGACAACAAGGCCUCCUACUUCGAAGUCAGCCGGGCGUCGUCGCUCGGCGACUGCCAGGCAAAGUGCCUGGCGGCGCCCCUCUGCACCGGAGUCGAGUUUCACGUCAAGGGCCGGUGCGAGCUCUGGAACCGCACCGUGGACGCCUUCUCCGUGCUCAGCGGCUACCAGUGCCACCGCGUGACCCGCAAGCCGCUGAACCGCCACUGCGACACCUUGCCCUGCGUCUGCCGCACGGCCCAGCCUGGCGAGCCAUGCUACGCCGACGUCACCUGGGCCAUGACGGAAGGCAUCAAUUGGAAGCCGGAGUGGUAUCCUGGCCUCACCCCCUCCUCCAGCUUCGAAGACUUCCAGGCCUUCCUAACUAUGGCCAACACCGCCUCCUGUUCAGACAUGCCGUGCCCAAGCCCGACGACCACAACCACAACCACAACUACAACCACGACUACAACCACAACCACGACCACGACCACAACCACGACUACAACCACAACCACAACCACCACCACCACCACAACCACCACGACCACAACUACAACCACCACAGCGACCACAACCGUCGCCACCACCACACCCUCUGGGGCCACCUCGACCACACCUACGGCGACGGGCCCGACUUGUGAGGACGUCUGGGAGACUGCGGCCGCCGACCAAUGGUCCACCUCUACGUGUGGAGGGCGAGUGGAGUGGUACAAGGGCUCUGGGAUGAGCGACAUCGAGGCCCGGGCCAAGGUGGGCCUCGAGUGGUCGGCCUGUGAGCCCUGCUGGCCCUGGCCCAAGUACAAGGAGCCUGGCGACCUCCGCAUCUCGCGGAAGCGGGGCAUCGCCACGCAGAACUUCCGCCUGAGCCCCGCAAGCCUGGCAACGCUGAGCCAGAACAUGCACUGGGGUUACAUCUGGCGCCACCUUCCUCCACCUUGGGAAAGCGGUCCUGGGCUUGAGGAGUGGGCGCGCCAUGGCCUGAACUUCGUGCCCAUGGUUUGGGGCCAGGGGGCUGACCACCUCGACCGAGCUCUGGAAGAGGGCGUGCCGGCGCAGAAGAUGGCACUGCUGGGCUUCAACGAGCCCAACUUCCCGGAGCAGGCGAACCUUUCUCCGCAAAGGGCCGCCGAGCUGUGGCCUUCCCUCGAGGAGCUGGCGAAGAACGCCAGCAUCGACUACUUGGUGUCCCCGGCCGUCAACUUCGCGGAGUACGACCCCAUCGCCUGGCUGCGCGACUUCUUCAGUGCCUGCAGUGGCUGCAAGGUCGAUGCCGUGGCCUUCCACACCUACACCUGCCACGGGAAGUAUCUGAAGGACCACAUCGAGAUGUACAAGGUCUUCGAGAAGCCGAUCUGGCUCACGGAGUUCGCUUGUAGCGAGGCCGCCUCCCCGGAGCGCCUUCCAGCAGAGGGGCAGAUGGCCUUCAUGCGCGAGGCCAUCCCGGUGCUGGAGCAGGAGCCUGCCAUUGCGUACUAUGCCCUUCGGAAGCAGUUGCGGAGGGCCUGGUUCAACAUGUUCGAGGACGAUUGGGACUUUCCCAUCGUGGACGGCAAGAACGGCGACGCCGGCCUCAUCUACAAGAACGGGAGCCUCUCGGCCUUGGGGGAGCUCUACGCCUCCUUCGCCAGCACGCAGCCCCUCGACCCGCCCCCUCCGGCGCCGCCCACCACCACGCCGCCGCCCUGCGGCACGGCUCUGCCGGGGGAGCCCUGCUUCGAGGCGGUGACUUGGGCCAUGACUGUGGGCGUGGCCGGCAACCCUGAGUGGUACCCCGGGCUCACUGCGUCCUCGAGUUUCGAGGAGUUCCAAGACUUCUUCUACGAGACGCAGCUCAACAACCAGGUGGCCUGGAAGAUGCUGGUGCG